AAAAAAAAAAGGGAAAAGAAUCUGAAUCGUACGGCGAGCACUCAUCAAUCUACUGCGCCGCCCGGAUCAUCAUUUGACCUCACUCGCUCUUCGUCGUUGCUCUGUCUCAUCUUUUCCCAAUUCCGGCUCCGACAGAUCUCUCCGGCACCGGACUUUCUCUUUCUUCCCCUUCCUUUUUCUUUCACAAUACAGGCUUUUCAAUUUUUACUGACGGUGAUUUCUACCUGGUAUGCUGUUUAUUCCUGCAAGUCAAGUUUACAGUUAGUGAGUGGACAUUUUGCUACAUAAUUGUUGAUUGUACCUCCAUUUUAUGGGGACCGAGGAUUUCAUUGCAUUGCCAGCUUCCGGUGAUUCUGGAAAUGAAACCGAGAGUAAUGAAUCUCUUACUUUUAAUGAAACAAGAGAAGCUUAUUCUCAAUCAAGUGUUUUGAAGCGCAAGGAUGAUGAUGCAAGCAUAGAGAAGGCUGAGCUUGUAGAUGAUGUACAGUUGGAAGCUAUGCAUUGCAUACCCCAAUCUGACCUUGUUGAUGAAACACAACGUUCUGAUUCAGAUAUGGAAAUUGAGGAUCUGAAUAACCUUCCAGAUUUUAGUAAGACUAGAAGUAGAAGUGAGAAUAGUGAAAUACUGAGCAAAGCUGCGGACCUGCCAGUCAACUCUGCAGAUGGGAAUAUACUACCAAGCAGUGAGCUCUUGCAGCAGAAUGAGCUUCAUACAAGAUAUGAAGAUGUUUGUCAUGUUGAAAGUAAAAAAUUUCAGAAGGAUUUGGUCGAUAAUUCAUCCUUCUUGAAAACUGGUGGUCAAUUGACUGUAAUGAACGGAGUUUCAAUUGAUUUCAAUGAAUUAAACUCUGGAGCUCCCAUGGAGAACGGUUCGGCCACAUCCCAUCAUCAUGGAGGCCCCAGUAAGAUUCAGAAGAGUGAUGGAAUAUCGGGUGUAAAAAGACCAAGGAUGGCCAUGGAAGCUAUGGAUGAGCAACAACCUUCAGUGCACAUCGUGUAUACUUCUUUAACAAGAGAUAGUAAACAAAAGCUUGAUGAAUUAUUAAAGCAAUGGUCUGAGUGGCACGCUCAGCAAGGUUCUUUAUCAUGUGAUGAUAAAGACACUGAAAACCUAGAAUCUGGAGAGGAGACCUUCUUCCCUGCUCUCUGUGUUGGCACAAAGAAGACUUCAGCAGUGACUUUCUGGAUGGACAACCAAAAAAGUGAACAGCAGCAAAAUUUUGUCCCCAUAGAUGAUAAUUCUGUGCCACUUUACGAUCGGGGGUUCACUUUAGGACUCACUUCAGCCAAUGAUUCGAGUAAUGCGGAAGGAGGUCAGAAGAUAAUUGAUGAUGCUAGCCGUUGUUUCAAUUGUGGUUCUUACAACCAUUCCUUAAAAGAUUGUCGAAAGCCUCGAGACAAUGCUGCUGUUAAUAAUGCUCGCAAUAAGUAUAAAAAACAGCACAAUUCUGCCUCCCGCAAUUCAACUCGAUAUUAUCAAAAUUCACGUGGAGGGAAGUAUGAUGAUUUGAGGCCAGGAACUCUUGAUGCAGAAACACGGCAACUGUUAGGUCUCAAGGAGCUUGAUCCACCCCCCUGGCUUAACAGAAUGCGAGAGUUGGGAUACCCGCCAGGAUAUUUAGAUCCGGAAGAUGAGGAUCAGCCAUCAGGGAUUACAAUAUAUGCUGAUGAGAAGACUGAUGAACAGGAAGAUGGGGAAAUUACCGAGGCAGAGUACCGUAAACCACGAAAGAAAAAGAGUGUUGAAUUUCCUGGCAUCAAUGCUCCCAUCCCAGAAAAUGCAGAUGAAAGACUUUGGGCUCCUGAACCUUCAAAUUCGGGUCUCUCUAGAAAUCGGUCGAACCAGCGCUUGAACCAUUACCCAGAAUAUGAUACGAGGGGAAAUGAUCACCAUCAACAACGAUGGUCCCGGGACUACAGAGAUGAUAGACCUCCUGGUGUUGACUCGAUAAAAAGUCCUCCCUCGUUCACUCCAAGAUAUGGUGGUCAUGAUUUUAGUUAUGACUCUCAAACUCCAAGAGGUAGUUUUUCAACUUCAAGGAGUCCUAAUUUGGGGAGGCCCCACUCAGAUAGAGGUAGAAGAAGCCCUCAGCGUGAUGAUGAUUACUCAAGAUAUAGCUCUUCUUACAGUUCUUCCCUGUUUUCACCACCAAGAAGACGCUGAUAUUUUGAGAUUUAACAGCCCCUUUGUAGAAACAAAAACACUGAAAGGAAUUGAGGCUGUGAAGUGAUACUCAUUUCAAAGCUGGUGAAGAUUUAUUAUUAACCUUGCAGAUGACAGAUGACUCAAGACCAGAGAUAGAAGCCUCUGUAUAAAAGAAUCAUAGUUUGGUGAAUCUAAAUUAUUAGUUGAUGAAUUUUCAUCUUCUGUUGUAUAUUAUGAGCUAUUCACUUGACAAGUUCUAGAGUUAAGAGAUCAGUGAAUAUUUUGAUUCUUAAGUUGAGUCAAAGAAGGGAAGUCACCCUAUCAUUAUUAAAGAAUUUGAUCAACUGUCUGAACAAUACAUCAGAUCAGCAGAAAAUGUUGUUUGUCAUCUGAACAUGAAUAUGAUUUUAGGUCAAGACUAGCAUUGUGACGUUUGUCAGAAGAACAAUUUGUAGAAUCAUUUAUCUUAUUUCGUCAUUUUCAUGUGAUC